UCUUCAGUCAAAUGUUUUUGGUGACCAUCGAAUCGUACUAUAUAUAUCAUAUAUAAUUUUUACUGCUAUUCUUCAGUCAGCAGUCAGCUGGCCAUUCGAUCCAGUUCUUUAAAGUUUGAAGGAGUUAGCUCAUGCUCAUCGAUAUCCUCAUUCCCUCCGCUCUUUGUAAUUUGGGAUUAAAUCUCUCUCGCUCUCUAUACUACACCUUCUGAUCUUCAUCUAUCUAUCAGUGGCUGGUGAGGGAUCUAUCGGAGCCAUUCAGAUUCUCCACCACUGCUAUUCCACUCAUUCUUCAAUUCUACUUCAAAUUAAAGCAUGCAGUUUUUAGUUUCUUCUGGCAAUCAUCAAUUCAAGAACCUUGCUUAGCUUGAGAGUCGCAGAGAUUCUGAGGGGAGAGAGAGAGUAGCGUUUUCUUGACGCAAUUUUACGUAAAGUACGUUUGCUCGAUCAACUGCCUGAAAAUGGCUGCUUAUGAAAGAGAUGUAGUACCAAUGUUAUCAGCCACAGAUUCACAGGCUGAUGAAUCUGGAUAUAGGAGAUUUUCCUAUAGGGCAAGGAGAUCACUGUCUAUUCCUGCAAACUCGUAUGAUACUGAAAAUAAUAAUCAUUUUGGAUUUACUGGUCCUCUGAGAAAUGAAAGGCGGACUUCUUACAUACAGAUGAGUGGUCCCUUGUAUGUUGGGCAAACACCCACGAACAACCUUAGAACAUCUCAAGUAGCAUUAGGACGCAAGUCAACUAGGCAAACACUGGAAAUAUAUCCUUCCACUGCUAUAAGGGAAUCAAAUGAUUGGGAAGAUUAUGAUUAUGCACAGAAAAAUGAACAUCUCUUGAGAUCAGGGCGAUUGGGAGUGUGCAAUGAUCCAUACUGCACAACAUGCCCAACCAUUGACAUAUUAAAAGCACAGGGGAAAAAGUUAUCUGAGUCACCAGAGAUAUUUGAUCACAAGUUCCAUAAUAUGAUAUAUGGAGAUGCAAAAGGUUGGGCAAAGAGAAGCUGUUCUUUCUUGUGGUCAUGCCUUCCAGGUGUCAUGAAUCCACAUGCUAAAGUGGUGCAGCGGUGGAACAAAUUCUUUGUCUUCUCAUGUUCAUUUGCAGUUUUUAUUGAUCCCUUGUUCUUCUUUUUGCUGACUGUGAAUCAGGAUAACAAAUGCAUUGUACUGAACUGGCCCUUGACAACCACAAUUGUGAUUUUGAGGAGCUUGACUGAUUUCAUAUACUUAAUACACAUGCUACUUCAGUUCCGGUUGGCUUAUAUUGCUCCUGAAUCCAGGGUCGUUGGAGCGGGUGACUUAGUUGAUCACCCCAAAAAGAUUGCUGUCAAUUAUCUUAAAGGAUUUUUUUUGAUUGACUUAUUUGUUGUAUUGCCAUUGCCUCAGAUCAUUAUAUUGUUGAUUUUACCUGAUUCAAUGGGAUCAUCUGGUGCAAAUAAUGCCAAAAACCUUUUACGAGCAGCAAUUUUGGUUCAGUAUGUACCUAGAUUAUGGCGGUUUCUUCCUGUUCUCAGAGGCCAGUCUUCAAGUGGCUUCAUAUUCGAGUCAGCAUGGGCUAACUUUGUGACAAAUCUUCUAACAUUUAUGCUGUCUAGCCAUGUGGUGGGGUCAUGUUGGUAUCUUUUUGGCUUACAGAGGGUGAAUCAAUGUCUUCGUGAUGCCUGUCAUACUUCUGAAAUAGGAAGGUGCAGGGAAUUCAUUGACUGUGGGCACGGCAAUGAUUACAGUAAAUUCUCAUCAGAUCCAGCAUGGAAUCAAUGGAAGAAUGAUACAAAUUCAAUUGCUUGUUUUAGUACUAAUGGUUUUGACUAUGGAAUAUAUGAGCAAGCAGUCAACCUCACAACAAAGCAUAGUUUAUUUACGAGAUAUAUAUACUCACUGUUUUGGGGCUUCCAGCAAAUAAGUACGCUUGCUGGGAAUCUAGUUCCAAGUUACUUCGAGUGGGAAAUUCUUUUCACCAUGGCCAUUAUUGGACUAGGUCUCUUACUGUUUGCUAUGCUCAUUGGAAAUAUGCAAAACUUUCUACAGUCUCUUGGUAGCAGGCAGUUGGAAAUGUCAAUGAGGCGUCGCGAUGUUGAGAAGUGGAUGAGCCACCGGCGCUUGCCAGAGGGAUUAAGAAGGCGAGUACGACUAGCUGAACGCUAUACAUGGGCAGCUACCAGAGGGGUGAAUGAAGAAAUGUUGUUGGAGAACCUACCUGAAGACGUACAAAGAGAUAUAAGAAGGCAUCUUUUUAAAUUUAUCAAGAAGGUCCGCAUUUUUGCACUUGUAGAUGAGCUAGUCUUAGAUGCUAUUUGUGAAAGGUUAAGACUAACAACGUAUAUAGAAGGAAGCAAAGUUUUCUACCGAGGUGGUCUUAUUGACAAGAUGGUUUUCAUCAUCCGGGGAAAGAUGGAAAGCACAGGAGAAGAUGGAAACGUGGCCAUGUUGUCUGAAGGGGAUGCUUGUGGGGAAGAGCUCCUCACAUGGUGCCUAGAACAUUCCUCUUCUGUAAAUAAAGAUGGAAUAAAGAUGAAGAUUCCAGGUGGACACAGGCUACUUAGUAACAGGAUUGUAAAGUGCCUAAGCAAUGUUGAAGCAUUUAUAUUGCGAGAAGCAGAUCUUGAAGAAGUCAUUUCUCUGUUUGCAAGAUUCUUGAGGAACACCCGUGUUCAGGGUGCCAUAAGGUAUGAAUCUCCUUAUUGGCGAGCCCUGGCAGCACGUUGCAUUCAAGUUGCAUGGAGAUAUAGAAAGAAGCGUCUAAGUCGUGCAGACAGCAAAAAUCCAUCUCAACAAAAUUUACUAGGGAUGGAAGUUAGAUUAGGUAGUUCAGAUAGAGUAAUAUCUGAAUUUUAUUCUAGGUACUCGAAUUGUAUCUAAAUACGAUUUUAGUAAAAUACAAUCAAAAUGAGUUUGGAAAA